AUAUUUGGCCGCAUACAUAGCAAAAACGAAGUACAGUGCAUUGCUAUAAUUCAUUAAUACAUCAUAAAUCGUGAAGCACAGCGUUAUAACGACCAAGAUCUACAAAUCAAGCCCUCUAAAACAACCUAAAUGAGCUCUUACUUUGUAAACUCGUUCUCAGGGCGCUACCCAAAUGGCCCCGACUAUCAGUUACUAAAUUAUGGAACCAGCAACAGCGCUAUGAACGCCUCGUACAGGGACUCCGGCACCAUGCAUUCGGGCUCUUACGGCUACAACUACAAUGGAAUGGACCUAACCGUCAAUCGUUCAGGCAACGCCGGCCACUUUGGGGCUGUCGGAGACAACUCCCGAGGUUUCCAGUCUCCGGUCCCGGAGACGCGUUUCAGGCAGCCGUCAAGCUGCUCGCUGGCGUCCCCCGAGCCUCUGCCGUGCGCCAACAGCAGCGAGAGUCUGGGACCCAAAAGCUCUUCUCCCCUUUCCGACCAAGGCGUCUCGACAGCGGGCACAAACCUCACCAACACAACACAUUUCACUGAAAUAGACGAGGCAAGCGCUUCUUCUGAGACGGAGGAGGGCAACCAUAGAGCAAACACCAACACCGCGAGCCGGACGCAGCAGAAACAGGAGUCCACAGCAACCUCCACUACCGCGGCAUCGAGUGACGGACAAAGCCCACAGAUAUUUCCCUGGAUGAGGAAACUGCACAUUAGCCAUGAUAUGACGGGACCAGACGGCAAAAGAGCGAGAACCGCUUACACGCGCUAUCAGACGCUAGAGCUGGAGAAAGAGUUCCAUUUCAAUAGGUACCUAACCCGGAGGAGGAGGAUAGAGAUAGCCCACGCGCUCUGCCUCUCAGAACGGCAAAUUAAGAUCUGGUUCCAGAACCGAAGGAUGAAAUGGAAAAAGGACAAUAAACUGAAGAGUAUGAGUCUGGCUACUGCAGGUAGCGCGUUCCAGCCGUAGUGGCCACGCUAAUUAACAGAAAUCGAAGAAAUGAUUACACGGAUUCAAAAUAGAUUUCAAAAACAUUAUAACUGAGUACUGUACAGAGCGGCACCUUUUGGCAUGUUCUUGAUGUUUUAGAACAACUUAACCUCUACUGUGGUACUGCUUCUAUAUAUACAAAAAAACGUUAGUGUUCAUAUGUUAUUGUCUUUUAAAUACAGUGAUUAUUGUUUGGAGAUUAAAAAGAGAGAAAAUGCUACCAAUGCCGCCAGUUGUUAAUGUUAUAAAUAUCGUUUGUGUCAAGUGCUAUGUUAAUGCUUUCUUGAAAGUUGGCAUGUGAGCUCUUAAAUGUUAUAACUUAUUUACGACUAUAACGAGUGUACACCUUUGAGUUUACAGCUUUAAAGACUCUGCUCAAAUAUGAAGUGAAGUUAGUGUAGAGGGGCCCCCUGCUUUUAGGCUACAGGAAUCUUGAGGUCUCCUUCAAGUUCUCCAUACCAUUGUUUGAAUUAUAUCGUUGGCUUUUGUCACGUGUUCAAAUUUGUCAUUUAUUUUCUGGAAAGAAAGGAAACUUGUGCAUAAAAAAAAUACAACAUAGAUUCCUGUAUUCGUUCAUAAGUGUAUAGUUAUAUUCGAUAUGUAAUUGUAUAUUAUUGGAUCAUGUUUAUGUUCCAGAGAGGGUGUACAUAUUAACAUUUUUAAUGUGACCAAUUGGCUAUUUGUAGUGGGCAGAGCAUAUGACAACUAUGUGUGUAUGUG